UUCAAGACUUCAACGAAGGACCAUUUAAUUCGCUUAUAUUGUAAUUCAUUCGGAUAUAUUCUCCAAUAUCCUGCUCUAUUCUCAUUCCAAAAUCCUUCCUUUCCUGCGUCCUCCAACAUGAACGACCUGUUGAGCUCCUCCUUUUCCCGCUCCGCCGAAGGCAACAACCACCACCACGUCAUCCAGAUGGCGGAGCUGACGGACGGCGCCAACCUUGACAAGUUCUUCCAGGAAGUGGAUUCCCUCAAGAAGGAGCUCAACGAGCUGGAGCGCCUCAACCAAUCCCUCCGUAGCUCUCACGAACAGAGCAAGACUCUUCACAACGCUAAGGCCGUCAAGGACCUUCGCUCUCGCAUGGAUUCCGACGUCGCUCUCGCCCUCAAGAAAGCCAAGUUCAUCAAGCUCCGCCUCGAGGCACUCGAUCGCUCCAACGAAGAUAACCGCAGCUUGCCCGGUUGCGGACCUGGCUCGUCUUCCGACCGGACUCGAACUUCAGUGGUCAACGGCUUGAGAAAGAAGCUCAAAGACUCUAUGGAGAGCUUCAACAACCUCAGGCAACAAAUUUCCACCGAAUAUAGAGACACCGUACGACGUAGAUACUACACGGUCACCGGAGAGAAUCCCGACGACAAAACCAUCGACCUCCUCGUCUCUACUGGGGAGAGUGAGAGUUUCCUGCAGAAAGCGAUUCAACAGCAAGGGAGAGCGAGCGUGCUGGACACGAUCCAUGAGAUUCAAGAGAGGCACGACGCGGUGAAAGAGAUAGAGAGAAAUCUGAAUGAGCUGCACCAGGUGUUUCUGGACAUGGCAGUGCUGGUCCAAACCCAGGGGGAACAGCUGGAUGAUAUAGAGAGCCACGUGGCAAGGGCUGAUUCGUACGUGAGAGGUGGGGUGCAGCAGUUGCAUGUUGCAAGGAAGCACCAGAAGAACUCCCGGAAAUGGACUUGUAUUGCCAUCAUACUGCUCAUCAUUAUUAUAUUGAUCAUAGUUCUUCCUAUUGUGUUAAGAAAGUAAACUGAUAUUUCACCAUAUCGUUUCAUGCUCCUGGUGGCUUUGAAUUAGUCAACCCCCUCCUUCCCCCCUGGAUUAGAGAAAUAUUUUUCUUUUUUGUAUUCAUUAUAAUAUUAUUCUUUUGGUCGGGUGAUGCUGUAUAAAUUAACUAUUUAUUCUUAUUAUUAGUACGCGUGUGUUUGAACUUUGAACUGAACA